UUUCUGCACUUUACCACACUGAUUUAUUAAACAAGCAAAAUGGGAAAGAGAGCUGCAGGAUUCGUUCUUUUCAGGCGCCUGUGUGGGCAAAUUGAAUAUUUAUUAUUGAAAGCUUCAUAUGGUGACUUCCAUUGGAGUGCGCCCAAAGGUCACGUUGAUCCUGGCGAAGACGACUUCACAACUGCUCGCCGCGAAACCAAAGAAGAAGCCGGUUAUGACGAAAAGGAUUUAAUUAUUUACCGUGAUAAGCAAGUUACACUCAAUUACGAGGUCAAGGGUAAGCAAAAGAUUGUUAUUUACUGGCUAGCGGAGCUUCGGGAUCCUAAUCAACCUGUGGUGCUUUCUGAGGAGCAUACCGAGUAUAAAUGGCUGGCCAAGGAGGCGGCAAAAGAAUGCGCUAAAUAUAAGGACUACCAAGGAAUGAUUGAUAAUUUCCAUGUAAUGAUACUAGAAAUGGAUAAGAAUAAAGCUGACUGUCCCUAAAAAAUACCACAAAUACAGUGCUGCAAGUUGUGGCGUAAAAUACUAACGUUUCAUGUUAAGCAACACUGUUUUUAAGGCAUCUGCAGAUUGAUUUUGUUGUAAAAACUCAGCAAGAAUUCAAUAAAAUUUGAGAUUCAAAAAG